AUGUCACUUCCGCGCGAUAUCCGUGCAUUUCUCUCUCAUUACCACGGUCAAACGGAUGACUCGCAAGCUUCAGAUAAUCUACUAUUUUACCAAAAUCGUCUGCGCUGCCAGCCAGACGAUCUUUUGAUCAGCGAGAUACACCAGAGCUGGCGCAAAGACUAUAAUCAACUGGAGUACAACCAUGCUUACAUCCAAUGGCUCUUCCCCAUCCGCGAGAACGGGAUGAAUUUCGAGGCGCAAGCUCUCCAGCCACACGAAGCUGCGGCGAUGAAGGAAGAUCCUGAUGUCAUCGAGCGCAUCAAGGCCUCUUAUGGGCUGAUGUUGGAUUUCUAUGGCAUGUACCUGGUGAACUUCGAGACUGGUCUCAUUGGACGCUCAGAAGGCUACAAAACCCGGUACAAGAACCUGUUGCAAGCUUCUCACAACAACCUUCGUAUUACACGGAUCCUCAAGUGUCUGUCGGAAAUGGGCCUGGAGCAUCUGAACGCCGGUUUCCUACUCCAUGUCCUCAAUGAACAAAGCGAGCACAAACAGCUAAAUACCAGCCUACUACGGGAUAGCAUGGAUAGAUGGUGGGCUAACUGCUUGAGGAAUAAAGCGGAUCGGGAGUGGAUCGGACUUGCAAUAAAGAAGGCGAGGAACGGCGAGACUUUCAGCAGAGAGAAGUACGAAGCCAGUCUGCAGAGGCGAAAUGAAUCGGGGUCCAUUGCAGAACCGCAACUUGAAUGUACUGAUGGGUAG